ACUCUGAACCUUGGCUCUUUUCUCACUUUCGUUUGUCUUUGUGACAGCUCGUCCUGUACAGGAAUUAGGCAGUUAAAGGAGAUAUGUGAAAAGUUUAUUUUAUUUUGACUACUGGCACAAUGGGUGUGUUCAAGUACUCCCUGUUGGACUUCCUCUUCACUUGUGUGGGUCUGGUGUUCUUUCUGCUAGACAUCGGGCUGGAUAUAUGGACUGUUGUGACUUUCUACCAGGAAAAGGCCUACGCGAGCCUCGGGAUCCUGCUGCUGUUUCUCCUGGGCUCGUCUGUCCUCGUCCAGGCCUUCAGCUGGCUGUGGUACAGCUACGAGGACUUCAACAGGGAGACUAAAGCUGAGAAAUGCCUGAGCCAGAAGCAGCUCAAGCUGCUCCAUGUGCUGCAGCUAGGAAUCUACUUCAGGCACGCGGGUGUCGUGGAGGUUUCUCUGCGCAGCUUCUUCACCAAGCAGCCUUGCAUCCACGAGGAUUUCGCGGUGUACCUGAGCCACGACCUCAGCAUGCUGCGGCUCAUAGAGACGUUCUCAGAGAGCGCCCCUCAGCUCGUCCUCAUGCUCACCAUCACCCUGCAGCGCGGCCACCUCGAGCCCGUGACAGUGUUGAAGGCCGUCGGCUCGGCCUCGGCCAUCGCCUUCAGCAUGACCAUGUACCACCGCUCCCUGCGCUCCUUCCUGCCCGAGAAGGAGAAGCAGAAGUUGACCUCAUCGGUGGUUUUCUUUGCCUGGAACCUGUUUCUCAUUGCUUCUCGCCUCACCGCCCUCGCCCUCUUCGCCUCCAUGCUGCCCUGCUUCAUCUUCACCCACUUCUUUUGCUCUUGGCUGCUUUUAUUCUUCUUCGCUUGGCGAUCCAAGACCGAUUUCAUGGACAGCGCUUGUGGCGAGUGGCUUUAUCGAGCCACUGUGGGCCUCAUCUGGUAUUUCGACUGGUUUAAUGUGGUCGAGGGGAGGACGAGGUACAGGACUGCGAUCUAUCAUGGAUACAUGCUGGCUGAUAUUUCCCUCCUCUGCGGUCUGUGGUGCUGGAAGAUGACGAGUGCAGAACACACUUAUUUUCAAGUGUCGCCUUUGUACGCUGUUAUCACUGCUGUCAGCGUUGUUGCAGUUUAUAUCCUUGGUAUCUGUUUUAAAUUGAUAUAUUAUAAAUACUACCAUCCAAACCUUGUCAAAGAGCAGUUGAAAGGACAAGCCUCUGAUGAAGCUGCACAGGGACCUCAGUUUGAAACAUUUCAUACAGAUGAAAUUGACUUUGCUUCCAACCCCCAGUGGGACCAAGGUGAUGCAGAUGACUUUCCUCAGACUUUAAUGAGGGCUUGCAUAGGGGACAUUGGCAUUGCAGAUCGCAUUGGGUCCUGUCUGCCAGCACCUGAAGUAAAACGCUGCAAUAAGAGGAUGAGGAAGUUGGCUGAGAACUUCUACUCCUGAGCCGCAUCACUUGACAUCCACCAGACAAGGACGUUAGAGUCAUGCAGACUGUCAGUGGACCAGCCUGGUCAGACACGAGGACUGUGAUCAGCCAUACAACCUCAUGGGAAAUGACUUGUGUUCACUGAUCACUGUAUUCUCCUAAGCACUUUCUUCACUGCAUUAACUGGUGUUGCUGUGUGCCAGAGCACAUAAAGCUGCCACUCUUUAUAUUUUACAUGUUUUUCAGUGUUAGGUGAUACUUAAAUGGCAAAAACUACAUUGAAAGUCUUUUUUGGUCACUGCAAUUCUCCCUCCUGCUCGUACUGGCUGUGAAGAGAGAGUAUACAAUAUGGAGGAUAAACCCAGGAGUCCUUUUUGUGCUAAAAUGCUUUCCAACAUUUAAGGGACUGUAUGAAAAUUAUCGUCAUGGGGAGGGUGGUUAAACUUUAUUAAAAAUAUUCAGUGAACCUUCCCUUUGACUUAGAAAAUAAAAAAUGCUGCAGCUUCCCCAUUAAUAUCUAAAAACAAUAUAACAGCAUCAACGUGGUGCAUUUGAAAGGGCUUAAUAUAUUUUAUUUUCACAGCCAUAUUCUGCUUUUGAUAGUAUUUACGGUUGCCAUUUGUUUCUACAAUAGUAAUUUAAUAUAUUAACAUUCAGUAAAUAUCUCUGUAUAUAGUAACUUUUAUUGGACGUGGUGGAGUCCACCAUUCUGGCACUGGAUUCAGACCAACGCACUGAUUCAGUCUUAUUAUUCCACUGAUGGUAUCAGCAUCACGGUUUAGUAUCACAUCUUUGUAUCAACAGAGCAGUUUUAAGAAAACAGUAUCUACUGCUGCUGCUUCACGUUCAAAGCAUUGAGGUGGGAAAACGUGGGGAAGCUUUGAUUGUUAAGAUAUUACAAUUAUGUCAGACAGAUAUGCUUGUAGGAGUUCACCUUUGUUCAACUUUUCACUCAGUUUUGUACUAAAAUGACCAUAAUUUAGAAAGCUGCCCAUUUGAAUUACUACCUCAGACAGAAAAAGUCUAAUUUUUGGCCUUGCAUAAAAAUUUUGCAUGCUUACAUUUGAAUAGCAUUGCAUUUUUAUACGACACUUUUAUAUCAAUAUUGUGCAAUUGUUUUUUGUUUACUUUAAUAAAUAAUAGUCAGAAAUGUGAGUCUGAAACUUUUUAAAAAUUUAUUUACACUGUACUGAAUAUCUUAGGUACACAGGAAAACCUUCCAGGACUGUGUCCAAGGUCCCAAACAGCUACUGUGGGGAAAAUAGUGAUUACAGUAAUUAAAUUAGCAUUGAUUAUUAUGAUAGUGUUCAGUUUACAGGAUCACAUUCAGGCUCUCUACAUCAUCAUCAUAUGUGGCCUCACGGGUCCUCGAAAAAUGAGAUGAAACACAUAAAAAAAAUUAAACACACAGCAUUAAAAAAUAACUACAGUAUUUGGCAUUGGAAAGAAAAACAAAAGAGGACAGACAGAACAACAUACCGCCUUUAAACAAUGCAUGGUCUUUUUAUUCCCCCACAGCCAUGGUACGCUUAAAAAAACAGACUGACAUGCACACAAAGUAAAGAAAUAAACAGAAAACACCUUGAGGAAAAAAAAGCACAGACUGCACGCGGUCUCUGACGCUCUCGAGCGCAGGUAGAACGACGCGACCUUCCGCUUCAGUCACCUGACCGCAUUUAAAAAACAAAAACACUACGUGCCACAGAUUGUGAUUGUCUCCAAGCGCUUCACAGCAACACAAUGAACGCAAAACCUUUUCAACGGGGAGCAAAAAAAACAAACAAACAAACAAAAAAAACUCACACAAAGCAGACGCGACUGUACACGUGGAUUUAUGAGACACACGCACGUGCCGCCUCGUCAUAACGAGCCAGCCAACCCGAACCCUGAAAACUGAGCAAACAACACCUCCCAAAAUGGACACAGUUUUCCAGAAGGAGGCCUUUCAAAUACAGUGCAGACAGGACAAUCAAAAAAGUCUAGUAACAACAACAACAACAACAACAAAAAAGUCUCACCAGCACUUUAAAAAAUUAGAUUAAAAAAGAAAAGAAAAAAAAGAAAAAGUAGGAUAACACUUUGGAUAACAAUGCAGUGAUAAUAAAUGUAUCAAACGAAAAUCUUACAUAUUUCCCUUUGAGAUUAUGCAUACAGAUGAAGGUUAAAAGGCACAAUAUAAAUAUGCGCAGUCACGCGACACACACGAACAAAUUACACAGAAAUACACAUUCUUAACGGUCAAGCUGCAUGUGUGUGUGUGUGUGUGU